CUGUCUCCUGGUGGCUCUCAGCUAUCUCAGUCUGUGUCAGAUCACUCGAGUCUACGUCUUCGACUACGGCAUGUACUCCGCUGACUUCACAGGCCCCAUGAUGGUGAUAACACAGAAGAUCACCAGUCUGGCGUUUGAAAUCCACGACGGAAUGGCUCGAAAAGAAGAACAUCUGACUCCAGGACAGAAGAUCUUGGCGAUAAGGAGGAUGCCCAGUCUGCUGGAGUACUUCAGCUACAACUGUAACUUCAUGGGGAUCCUGGCCGGACCCACCAGCUCCUACAACGACUACAUCGCCUUCAUCGAGGGAGACCCCCGACGCCAUCGGGACUCGGACGCCGACAGGAAGUCCAAGCUGAGGCAAAGCGAGCCCUCGCCAAACAUGGAGGUCGUCCGGAAGGUGGCCACCUCCUUCUUCUGCCUCCUGGUCUUUCUGUCGGUGUGUAAAGUUUUCCCUGUAGAACGAAACAUCGACGACGACUUCAUCGCCAACAUGCCGUUCUACGCUCAGGUGAUCUACCUGUACCUGUCCAUGCUGACCACCAGACCCAAGUACUACUUCGUCUGGACGCUCGCUGAUGCCAUCAACAACGCCGCCGGCUUCGGCUUCAACGGCUACGGCGAUGACGGCUCUCCUCGCUGGGACCUGAUCUCCAACCUGAGGAUCCUGAACAUCGAGUUAGCCACCAGCUUCAAAGUGUUCCUCGACAACUGGAACAUUCAGACUGCUCACUGGCUGAAAAGGGUUUGUUAUGAGCGAUGUCCCUACCACCCAACAGCAGCGACCUUCAUCCUGUCGGCGAUGUGGCACGGAGCUUAUCCCGGCUACUACCUCACCUUCCUCACCGGCAUCGUCAUCACGCUGGCUGCUAGAGCGGUCAGACACAACGUGCGGCCGUACUUCCUGUCGUCACCCACACACAAACUGGUCUAUGAUGUCAUCACGUGGGCGGCCACUCAGAUCGCCAUCUGCUACACGGUGGUACCGUUCGUCCUGCUGUCCGUGGGUCCAUCCAUCAAGUUCUACAGGUCCUGGUACUUCUGCCUCCACAUCGGCUGCGUCCUGCUGGCCGUGGCGUUGCCGGUCAAACCGAGACACCUCCGCCUCAAAGACCAGCAGAAGAACCUCCUCGGGGAGCCGGUGCAGCGCCACCCGGAGGCCACAGACAGCAACUGCAGCCAGAAGGAAAAGACCACAUGAGGACGUCAGGACGUUAUAUUUCCAUGUACAGAGAGACGAGGACCGAGCUCCUGCGCGGCGUACAGAAACAAGUUAAAUACUGUAUUAUUUGGAUUCACGGGACGAUAACGGGCCCUGGAUUUCAAAGGCCCGUGUUGAUGAAGUGUUAUGUCUUUACGAGGAAGUACGACUGCCGCGACUCAAACUCCAGAAGCAACAGAAGGGACAUAUAUAUAAAUACAUAUAUAUACUGUACGUUGACGUGGAGCUGCUGUGUGGGAGGCCGUCAGAAACCUGCUGUUCAUCUGCAGAAACAAACGAAUAAAGGGAGGAAUAAAUGAAAGGAUGGACAGAAUGAGAACUGUUGGGUGACGGUUUCUCCUCCACAUUCCUCCCAGACUGCCUGAUUUCACCGUCAUCAUGUUAUAAUCUAUUAAACCGCCACGUCACAGUGUUCAUAGAGAAAGUGCCAAUGAUUAUUCCACUCAGUCGCCUUAGUUGUUCUGUUUUUUUACAAGAAAAAGUGAAGUGCUGCUUUGCAGGAUCAGUAUUUACUCUGGAGGAGGUUCGUUGUGUUUACAUUCGUAGAUGUCAGCUUUGGUCACGUCGUUAUUUAUGUGAUUUAUGUAACAGACUCGUGGUUUGAUGUGAGAUGUUUGCGGAGGUUCAGCUUUGAAGAAACGCUUCACAGAAUUUUAGAAAAUUCUAAAACUCUGUAGUUUAAUUUCAAGUACAGAUAUCAGAUUAAGUUUCUCUUCUAUAAACUCACAACAGCAGGAAGUGAACCCAAGGGUUAGCUCGUUUGGUUCUGAUUAAAGGCUCACUUUACGGUUUAUCUAGUUCGGUUCAGUUAGUGAUUAAAAUUUGAAGGUUAAAAAAUUAACACAGUCACAGGUAGAGGAGUUAGCUUCAGGUUAGCAUUACAGAAGGUACAACAACUGAUUCUGGUUAGCAAAUUAUUCAGUUUAGGUAAAAAACAUUUGUUUUGGGUUAGCUAACUGUUAUUUGAUGGUUCAUUUUAACAAACAAAAUGUUUUUAAGUUAGCUAACAAGGUACUUAAGCAUCUAACGCUAAUGCUAAUGCUAAUGCUCGAGCUUAGGGGCCAAACUGUUAGCUUCAGGUGUUAGCUUCAGGUUAGCUGCCACUGCAUUAAAAAAGCUAAACAAAUUGGUGAUUAGCAAAUUAUUCUGUUUCAAAUUUUAGUUUGUGUGUUAACAAACAGUUCAGUAGAAACUAAACCAGUUAGCUGACAGCACACUGUGACCCAGUUGGUUAAAGGUUCAGUUCAACACCUAAAUUAUAUUUUAGCUUUGAACUUUUGGUUUCAUAAGUGAAUCAUUAAAUUGUUCUUCAUUGAUAUUUAUUAAAUGAUGUAUAAUGUCAGUACCAACGCUGUCAGUCAGUGUACAAUCAGUGUCUAUAACUUCAUGAAUCCUUCUGCCCCUGUUAGUGUUCUUCAUCAAUAAAACGAUUAGAAGAGAAACAACGAGAUAAAACUAUUUAUUCACUUUCCCCCACAGCUGCUUUAUUGUCUCCUUCAAAAAUCAGGAAAGAAAGUUUUUUCAUUUCCUGUUUCCACAUCUGAUUUUAGCGUUUAUUUGUGGACGAGGACGAGGACAUUGUGAUGAUUUGAGAUUGAACAGUUAAUGUCCUCACAGCGAACCAGCCGCCUCUCUGUAGGUUUGAUAUGGACGAUAUGUUUGUUUGUUUUUUGUAAAUUAUGUGAUUAAAACUUGGAUUUUUUUGACACUUGA